UGUUUGUGGUAUAGUAUGACCUUAAUCAUCAGAACAUUAUCAUAAUUUACCGUGGAAUAGAAGUUGAAGACCAAGAUGGUAGUGUAAAUAUGUAGUACCUACUUGGAGGUAUUGUUAUUGUCGGCUCCUUAUUUGAUAUAAAGAAAAGUAUAUGAAUAAAUUAUAUACUUUACUGAGAAAUGUAUAGUAUACACUAUGUAUUAGUUAAUGAUCGGUUAUGUUACAUUAAGUUAAAUCUUUGUCUUUAUUUUUUUACUCUGUUGUGUUUAUAUAGACAUACACGAAAAGAGAUUAUUUUAUUAUUGAAAUAUUAGUUUUUAAGUACCUACUGAAUUGUUCUAAAAAAAUUGGUUGCUAACUAUAUUCUGUUAAAAAUAAUAUUUAAUUAAAUUGACUCGAAUGAAUAAAGUACUAUUGGCAUAGAACCCUUCUUCUGCGAGUCUGACUCGCAGUUGGCCGGCUUUUUAAUGUUGCCCAUAGGCAACAUUCAGUUAUUUUCUCCACAGAAUUUUAUCUAAUCUGUGAUUUUCUCAGUAUUUCUAGUUGCUUCAUUCAUUCAGGAUAAUCAUUUCAUUCAUAUUCAAUCAUUCAUUCCCUCAUUCUUCACUCAUGCUCAAUCUCAUUCUUGUCACAGGUCACUCAUUCAUUCGUUAAUUUGAGGAAGUUUUGUGUGUGCGGUGAUGUUCGUGGAUCUAUUUUAUUUUUAAGUGAAAAUAUAAGUAAAUCUUUGACUUUUUCUUUUCUAAAGUGUACAUCAACAUUUAAUAAUGGCGAUGCAACCACAUAGCAAGAAAAGAGUAUGCUAUUACUACGAUAGUGAUAUUGGAAACUAUUAUUAUGGACAGGGUCAUCCCAUGAAACCUCACCGUAUACGUAUGACACAUAACUUGCUUCUCAACUAUGGAUUAUAUAGAAAAAUGGAAAUUUAUAGACCACACAAAGCUACUGCUGACGAGAUGACAAAAUUCCACUCCGAUGACUAUAUUCGGUUCUUGCGGUCAAUACGACCUGACAACAUGUCCGAGUACAACAAACAGAUGCAGAGAUUCAAUGUGGGCGAGGACUGUCCAGUGUUUGAUGGUCUUUAUGAGUUCUGCCAGUUGUCAGCUGGAGGCUCUGUGGCUGCCGCUGUCAAGCUAAACAAACAGGCCUCUGAAAUCUGCAUAAACUGGGGUGGAGGUCUCCAUCAUGCUAAGAAAUCAGAAGCAUCUGGUUUCUGUUAUGUCAAUGAUAUUGUGUUGGGCAUCUUGGAGCUGCUCAAGUACCACCAGAGAGUACUCUACAUUGACAUUGAUGUCCACCACGGAGAUGGUGUGGAGGAAGCAUUCUACACAACAGACAGAGUCAUGACUGUAUCAUUCCACAAAUAUGGAGAAUAUUUCCCUGGCACUGGUGACCUGCGGGAUAUUGGCGCUGGUAAGGGCAAAUACUACGCGGUAAACAUCCCCCUGCGUGACGGUAUGGAUGACGAGUCUUACGAAUCUAUCUUCGUACCCAUCAUCUCGAAGGUCAUGGAGACGUUCCAACCAAGUGCAGUGGUAUUGCAAUGUGGUGCAGACUCCUUAACAGGUGACAGGCUUGGUUGUUUCAAUUUGACUGUACGUGGCCAUGGUCGCUGCGUAGAACUCGUAAAGAGAUUUGGUCUACCAUUCUUGCUUGUUGGAGGAGGAGGAUACACAAUUCGUAAUGUUUCUCGUUGCUGGACUUACGAGACCUCAGUAGCUCUUGGCGUGGAAAUAGCUAAUGAGCUCCCCUACAAUGACUACUUUGAAUACUUCGGCCCUGACUUCAAACUUCACAUAUCACCUAGUAACAUGUCCAAUCAGAACACACCAGAGUACUUGGAGAAAAUUAAGAACAGGCUGUUUGAAAAUCUGCGAAUGUUACCGCAUGCGCCCGGUGUACAGGUGCAAGCUAUCCCCGAAGACGCAGUUAACGAUGAAUCCGAGGAUGAAGAUAAAGUUGACAAAGAUGAGAGGUUGCCACAAAGUGAAAAGGACAAGCGCAUCACUGGUGAUGGGGAAUUGUCUGACUCGGAAGAUGAAGGGGAAGGCGGUCGUCGCGAUAACAGGUCGUACAGAACACCACAGCCCCGCAAGCGCCCGCGUUUAGACAAAGACGGAUCUACAAUCAAAGAUGAAAUCAAAACUGAAGACUCAAAGGAUGACGUCAAGAACAUCAGCAGCGUUGAAGAACCAAAGAAAGAAUUGCCGCCUAAUCCCUGAUGUACGCGAUAACCGCCCGUCGCAGUUCAGUUCAUUGUCUCCCAGUAGAUAAUGAUAUGUGCGACGCGUUUACAAAGGUGUUUGUAACAAGCGCAAUAUCGGUUUUAUAAUGCUCGAUGUAGUGCUCCCUAAAUAUCUAUAUAUUUGAUACACACAGGAUUGUAAGAAAAUGUCUGCAGAUCUCAAAUUUUGUAAUGGUUAGUUCCUCUGUUGUUGCACUGGUUUUGUCAACACAAGUGGUGUUUUUGCCAUUAAUUAACUUAAAAUCAAGUAGUAAAAAGACAUUUCUUGAAGUUUUAAGAUAGAAACCCUAAAAUGGAACACUUGAAUAAAGUACAUUCUGGUAUGUUGAUCGUAUUAUCAGAUAGCUGAUGUGUGAUUUUGUUUUAUACAAAUAGUAACUUCAUCUAGCAUUAAGAAUUGUUUGUAAUUGAUAAUGAUAAUGUAGUUGUAAUCAAUAUUUUAAAUGAUUGAGAUUGUCAAUUUGAUUUUGAGACAAAUUAUUUUCUUACGAAUUCAUUAGUUAGUUCUGACACUGAAUAGUGUUGAAUUUACCAUUGUUAUAAAUGUAAUAGAUCUGCCUAUCGGUGGAGUUAGUAAUUUUACACGAUUCUACGUGUAAGUAGUGCACACUGCCUAUACCUCGUAUUAGAAAAAUCUUUUUAUUCAAGCAACUUUUCACAUCAUAAAUAUUUGCCUAAAAUGUCAACCACCGAAUGCUUUUGAUUCAAAACAUGUAGGAGUUAUCAUCUCGUUAGAUGUAAAUUAUUUUUAUAAAUGUGACAUUUCAGAAUAAAUUAUUAAAAUAUCACAAAAAUGCAAUUUUCUCUCUUCUAGUAUUUCUUCCAAGUGAAACAUUUUUCUAUAUUAAAAUAAUGAAUAAAAGUAUAUAAGUUAGUUCUAUGUAAUUAACUAUCACCACGCGGCAGUUUUGUAGAGGCUGUAUGAGUUGAUGGACGCAAACUUCAUGACACCCCCUACGAAGCCGUGCCUUCCAAAUAUUAGGAUUGUUAGGCUAGUUAUCUUCGAAUGUGUUAUUGUUUCCACACUUGCAGCAGUUAUUACAUUGUAAAGCAUGUUGGAAAAAUUCUGUACAUAGGAUCGAAUCAUACGUUAUUCAGUUGAAACAACUAUAGACUACUUAUUUUCAUGUUUCGAUUCUGUGAGUUGAGCAUUUAAAUAAUCGCAAUUACAUUCAAACCACAACCAUUUUGUACAACUAAUAAGUAUUUAUUUAUUGUAUUUAAAAAUUUCGAUUUGUGUAAUAGAUUAUAAUAAUAUAUUUUAUCUGAGAAAACAUUAAAACAUUCAUGUCUGAGGGUGAUGACGAAUAUUUUUAAUUAUUCGUAAUAAAUAGAAUAAGACUGUAAAUAUAUUUUUUAUUGUUCAAUAUAUAUCCAUGUCUCAAA